UUGCAACAAGUAGAAGUAGUGCAGGCUACCAGCAAUUUUGAGAACAAGAAAAAUGAAGCUCCCUGUUUUUGUAGUAGAUGCAUUUACAGCAAAAGCAUUUUGUGGGAAUCCUGCUGCUGUUUGCCUCCUAGAAAAUAAACUGGAUGAAGACAUGCAUCAAAAAAUUGCAAAAGAAAUGAACCUCUCUGAAACCGCUUUUAUCCGAAAACUGCACCCCACUGACAACUUUACACAAAGUUCCUGCUUCGGAUUAAGGUGGUUUACGCCGGCGAGUGAGGUACCCCUAUGCGGCCACGCCACCCUGGCUUCUGCAGCUGUGCUGUUCAACAAAAUAAAAAACGUGAAUAACGUUCUAACCUUUGUCACUCUGAGUGGGGAACUGAAGGCCAGAAGAGCAGAGGACAGUAUUAUCUUGGAUCUACCUCUUUAUCCUGCCCACCCCCAGGACUUCCAUGAAGUGGAGGACUUGAUAAAGAAGAUCAAUGAUUUGACCCUGAGGAGUUUUUGGUCUCUGCAGACUGCCAUAGGUGAUACACGGGUCCAAGACAUCCGCUAUUCUCCAGAUACCCGAAAACUCCUUGUCCGACUCAGUGAUACUUACAAGAGGUCAUUCCUGGAGAACCUGAAGGUGAACACCCAGGAUCUGCCACAAGUGGAAAACACAGGGAAGGUGAAAGGACUCAUUCUCACCCUUAAAGGAGAGCCUGGAGGGCAGACCCAAGCAUUUGACUUUUACUCCAGAUAUUUUGCACCGUGGGUUGGUCUGGCUGAAGACCCCGUAACAGGGUCGGCACAUGCUGUUCUCAGCAGCUACUGGUCUGAGCAACUGGGGAAGAAAGACAUGCAUGCCUUUCAGUGUUCCCGCCGAGGAGGAGAACUGGAGAUUUCACUGCGUUCUGAUGGACGGGUUGACAUUAGGGGAGGCACUGCUGUUGUUUUGGAGGGCACUUUGACAGCCUAGAAAUGGUUAUGGUUCGGUGCUGUGAUUUUUGAAUAACAAAGUAUUUUCUGCAUAAAAAGAAAUGUAGGGGCGCCUGGGUGGCUCACUCGUUAAGCCUUGAGUGUCUGCUUUUGGCCUGGGUCACAAUCCCAGAGUUCUGGGUUGGAGCAGGGCACAGGGCUCCCUGCUCAGUGGGAAGCCUGCUUCUCCCUCUCCCACUCCCCCUGCUUGUGUUCCCUCUCUGGCUGUCUGUCUGUCUCUCUCUGUCAAAUAAAUAAAAUCUUAAAAAAAUAAAAUAAAAAGAAAUGUAAGCGGCUGCCUUUACCAAAUUUGCACAGCUGUUCAGUUCACUCACAGGUUAGAAACAGAAAAACUAAGACAUAUUAAUGGAAGUUUCAUCAUGCUUCCUAAAUACUUAAUGGAGUUUUGGCUCUGUCUGUGAGUGUAUUUGACAUAGAAGUAACCAGUAACAAAGAAUAAUGUUGUCACCUUCGAUUGUGACUACCAAUCACAGAAUGAAGAGCACGUUUAUGAGAAGAUCAAACCAUUUAAGCUUAGGUGUGAAUAUCUGAUAGCCAUUAAAAAGACCCAAUAACUAUGUGGAAAUAUUGAAAAAAUAUCUCAUGACAUAAUAUUAAGAAAGGGAAUUGGACUACAAAUGUUAGCAAAGUUAUGUCUAUGGAAAAUAUGAAUGUAUAUGGACAAAAAUGGGGCAUGGGGAUAGAAAGGUGACAGCUGUAUAUAUGUGUGUCUGUGUUGGGGGGUAAAAUUGGGAGUCAUUUUAAUGCACCUAAAAAAUUAUUUUCCUUAUCAGAAAAUACUCAUGUUCAUUAACUAAAAAUCAGGACAUACCACAGAAUAACCAAAAACCCAGAAAUUUCAAAAAAGUGUAUGUGUAUUAGUGUAAUACACAUUUUAUCAGUGAUAAAAUUAAAUACUAAAAGCAGUAUAAUAUCUUUAUCUCGAUACAUAGUUUUGGAGUGAUGUCUUAAAAAACAUUCUUCUCUUAAUCUUAAUAAAUAUUAAGGUUAAUAAAAUUGGUUCUAACAUAUUUUCAAUUCA